AUGAUGCGCCGGCAACAUCAUACGUCCGACGCCCACCGAUUCUCCCACCUCCUCCCUCAAGACCCAUUCGAACCACCAACCCCCCACAGUCCUCGCAGACACACGUCCGCUCCUCGCAAUCCCAUCAACAUGUCUUCAAUUGCUGCUAUGGCCUCCCGCCGGGCCUUCGCCCGCCAGUCCUUCCUUCGCGCUCCCCCGCGCCGCUUCUACAGCUCCUCCAAGGUCGAGGAGGCUGGCCUCGACAAGGGCCCCAAGCGUGACCCCGAGCUCUACGUUCUGCUCGGUGUCAUGUCCGGUGCUUUCCUGCUUGCCGGAUGGUACUUCGGCAGAAAGCCCACCUCCGUCACCUCCGAGAGCAACGUCCGCAUCGGCGAGAGUGCCAUGCCCUGGGAGCAGACCGACGAGAGUGGCAAGGUCUACAAGUACCAAUACCACCCCCACGGUGACAAGAGCCAGCCCCUGCGCAACGCCCCCAGCGCCCUGAACACCGUCAUUGUUCCCAACGUUACCCUGCCCGUGGUAUUUACUGCCCCCAUUCCCAUGUGGUUGAUAUUCGCGACCAAUAGACCUCCACGAGCGCUACAACAAGUACGGAAAGGAGGAGUGGGACUACUAAAUAGUUCACCAUCUGCAAUUGCAGACAAGUCCGUGUUGUUGAGAUUCUAGGAAGAAAGAAGUUGAGGCAGGUCGGCGCUGAUCGCUGUACACUAAAACUUGUGAAGACUAGAGUAUGGGGUGAGACCGUUUUUACAAGACCACUGUGCAUAGUUUGUUGUUUUGACGAGGUUUAUUUGGAAGAUUGUUUUCGUUGCGCUUACACCAAGUUCCCAAACUGUGAUAAGACAUGUACAAUCAAGUAGGCCGCUAAAUCCAGGAACACGUAAGUAAUCAUGUACAAGAGUCACAUUUCGUUAGACC